ACUACCUCCAGCACUAGCUCCGCCCAAAUCUUCAACACCACCGAUCCGUUCUCCAAAUCUUCCUUCCUCCACAGAUCCGUUCUCCAAAUCUCCAAAUCCGCAGGGCCGCCGACGCAUCCUACGCCGGAUCCAAACGCGCCUCAUCCCCCUCCUCCUCUUCCUCCAGGCACCUCACAGACUUCUGAGAAAAUUCCUCCAUGGCCGCCGCGGUCGACGCGCUCGUGCAGCUCGCCGUCCUGGCCGCGCUGUGCUUCCUCCUGAUCCCACAACUCAACCUCCUCCUCCUCUCUCUAUCCACCCUGAUCCACCCAGCCACCCCAUACCUCUCCGCCACCGCCAUCGCGGGCGCCGCGGCGGCCCUGGAGGCGUGCGCCCUCUGUUGGGCCCUCCUGCAACGCCAAGCGCGCCGGUGUGGGAAGCCGCGCUGUCGGGGGCUCAGGAAGGCCGUGGAGUUCGACAUCCAGCUCGAGACGGAGGAGUGCGUGCGCGGCCGGACCAGCCUCGCCGCCUGUCCUGCCGCCUGUCCGGGCACUUCUUCUCCGUCUACGACAGCCGCAGCGGCAAGAACGGCGAGCGUCGAUGCGGCAAGGACGGCGACACGGAGCUCCGACCGGCUGUGGAGGAAGACGUUUGGGACCCGAUUGCAUUUUUAUUUUCUUUUUAGGGUGGUCGCUGUAAUUAUCCUGCGAGUUGUAAUAUGA